AGCUCGAUUUGCAGUUCCAUCAUACUUUACUGAAAGUAAACUUCUUGCAUUUGUAAUUAAAGGUUAAACCUUCAGGGAUUUUGUCCACUUCUUUAGACAUCUGGAGUGUGUUGCUUCACCAAGUUUAUUCAAUGGGUUACUUUUACUUUCUUGUUCUAGUAUCAUUUUCAUGGAGUUGCUUCUUCCCAACUACUCAUGGAUUGCAAAGUUAUCAAAUUCAACUUUUGCUGCAAAUAAGGAAGCAUUUAGAGUACCCUUCACAACUGCAAACUCUGGAUAACUACAAUGGGGAGGACCUCUGUAACUUGUCUCCAACAGCACAUAUGAUGGUAUCUUGCCAGGACAACUUUGUCACUGAGCUUAAGAUUAGGGGAGAAAAGAUUGCCAAUAUUAGUGGUUUCAGUGGAUAUGGAAUUCCUAAUAAAACGUUGUCUGAGAAAUUCUCCAUUGAUUCUUUAGUUACUACAUUGACGAGGUUAACCAGUUUAAGGGUACUUAGCUUAGUGUCCCUAGGAAUUUGGGGACCACUUCCUGAUAAGAUUCAUAGGCUAUAUUCUCUUGAACUUUUGGACUUAAGCUCCAACUUCAUGUUUGGCUCUAUACCCCCUCAGAUAUCUAGAAUGGUUAAGCUUAAAACUCUAACAUUGGAUGGAAAUUACUUCAAUGACACUAUUCCUGAUUCACUGCAUUACUUGUCGAAUCUUUCGGUUCUGAGUUUGAGAGGCAACCGUUUGAAGGGUCGGUUUCCUUCUUCAAUAUGCAGAAUUUCAAGCCUAACAGAUAUUGCCUUGUGCCACAAUAUGCUUUCCGGUAAACUGCCUGACUUCAGUACCUUAACUCGCCUGCGAGUGUUGGAUGUAAGAGAGAAUCGAUUCAAUUCCAAACUGCCUGCCAUGCCCCAAAGAUUGGUUACAGCUCUUCUUGCUAAGAACUUAUUCUCAGGUGAAAUUCCUCCUCAAGUUGGCAUGUUGACUCAUCUUCAGCACCUUGACUUAUCUUUCAAUCAUCUGAGUGGAACACCCCUCACUGCCUUGUUUGAUUUGCCUAACCUCAGUUAUUUGAAUUUGGCAUCAAAUAAGCUGAGUGGUUCACUGCCAGAGAAAAUAACUUGUGGUAGUAAACUCGGGUUUGUCGAUAUUUCUAGUAACAAGUUGGUUGGUGACCUUCCUUCUUGCUUGGACAAUAAAUCAGAUAAGAGAGUAGUGAAAUUUGGUGGGAAUUGCUUGUCCAUUGAAGGCCAACAGCAGCAUCAAAGCUCACAUUGUAAAGAAGCAAACACAAAGAAAACUGGAAGAAAGAUAGCAUCAUUAAUGGCUGUUAUAGUAGGAUCUCUUCUUUUUCUGGUGCUUUUGGCAUUUGGGGUUCUUAUUCUGUCUCAAAGAUGCUUCAAAAGGCGAACUUCCGAAACUCAUAUAAGGCAAAAGGCUGUUCAAGACAGUCCAACAACCGGGGUUUCACCUGAAGUUCUUGCAAAUGCCAGAUUCAUUUCUGAAGUUGCGAAGCUCGGGACACAAGGUUCUCCGGUAUGUCGACUAUUUUCCUUGGAAGAGUUGAAGGAAGCCACAAACAAUUUUGAUUCAUCAAUGUUUAUGGGUGAAGGCUCUACUGGGCAGCUUGCUGGAGCUAAGAUGUAUAAAACAGCCUUACAUCUAUAUAAAGGAAGAUUGGAGAAUGGAACCUAUGUCGCCAUUCGAUCUUUGAGUUUACUGAAGAAAUAUUCAUUUCAAAACCUUAAAGUUAGGCUUGAAUUCUUCUCAAAGCUUCAUCAUCCUCAUUUAGUAGGCUUUUUGGGACACUGCAUUGAUGGUGGUGUACAAGAUGAUCCCAAUGCAAAGAAAGCCUUCCUCGUUUACGAAUAUGUGCCUAACGGGAAUUAUCGUAUGCAUCUGUCAGAACAUUGUCCGGAGAAGGUUCUUAAGUGGUCGGACAGACUAGCAAUCCUAAUUGAUGUGGCUAAGGCUGUACAUUUUCUUCAUACUGGGGUUAUUCCAGGUGUUCAUAAUAACUGGUUGAAGACGAAUAAUAUAUUGCUGGAUGAGCAUGGAAUAGCAAAGUUGAGUGACUAUGGGAUGUCUAUCAUCAUGGAAGAAAAUGAAAAUUUUGAUGAAAAGGGAGGGGGCUUAAACUCUAGCCAAAGGCUAACUCUAGAGGAUGAUGUCUACAACUUCGGUUUUAUAUUACUAGAGUCUCUUGUUGGAACUAUGGUGAGUGAAAAAGGAGAAACAUUUCUUUUAAAUGAAAUGGCAUCCUUCGGCAGCCAGGAUGGCCGGAAGCGAAUUGUGGAUCCAACAGUGUUGACCACUUGCUCACAGGAGUCAUUAUCGAUCGUGGUAUCUAUUACGGGAAAAUGUAUAUGUCCUGAAACAUCAUCUCGUCCAUCUUUCGAGGAUGUUCUCUGGAACUUGCAGUAUGCAGUUCAAGUUCAAGCAACAGCUGAUGCUGAGCAGAAAUCUGAUUCUACAUCAUAGUCAUUUAUAUCUAGUUUGUGCUACACAGGAUGUUGAGU